UUAGCCGAUGUGACGCCGCCGCUUGUCUUACCUUUCUUGGCCCUUCCUCCGGUGUUUGUCCUCCCUCCUCCCGGUGACGUAGGUGAGGAUCCUCGCUGCCUACGCCGGUGGGCGACAAAGCGGCCGCAAGUAUAAAGAGCGAGCGGGGGACCUCAGUUCCACUCCCCUGAAGGCCAGGCACAGCGGCUCCGUUCCCAGAGCUGAACCCCCAGCAGAGAUAGCAGCAAGCAGGCACUCCCUCGCCGAGCAGGCUAACUCGCUUUCGGCUUUGGUUCGCCAUGGAGACCCGUUGCACUUGGAGGAGUUCCAGCAGAGCAUCCCACAACUUCAAGAGUGGACUGUCCCUGUGGCUGAUCCUGUGGCUGGUGGUAGUCAAGCCCAGCAGUGUGGCGCCAUGCCCCAGGCUCUGUGUGUGUUACCCUACACCCAUGACGGUCAGCUGCCAGUCCCAGAACCUCACCAUCGUGCCAGCCGGCGUGCCCUACGACUCGCAACGUGUGUUCCUGCAAAACAAUCGCAUCACCGAGCUCCGCGCCGACUCCUUUGGCUUCGAGACGCAGGUGCUGUGGCUUUACGGCAAUAACAUCACCUUGAUCGAGGCCGGGGCCUUUAGCAACCUGAGGGUUCUGGAGGAGCUGGACCUGGGUGACAACCCCUCACUUCGGCACCUUGAAGGCGGAGCGUUCAGAGGGUUGGAGAAGUUGCAGAGCUUGCACAUGCACCGUUGCAAGUUGGCCAUGUUGCCCCAUGACCUCUUCCUCAAGCUCUACAGUCUGCAGUUUCUCUACUUGCAGGACAAUCAACUUCACAUCCUGCAGGAUGACCUGUUCUCAGAUCUGGUCAACCUCACCCAUCUGUUUCUCCACGGAAACCGCAUCCGCGCCCUGUCUGAGAAUGUUUUCCGAGGCUUGGUCAACCUGGACCGCCUGCUCCUCCACGACAACCGAAUCCGGCAGGUGAACCGUCGCUCUUUCCGCGAUCUGGGCCGCCUGACCAUUCUUUACCUUUUCAACAACUCCCUGGCUGAAUUGCCAGGACAGGCCAUGAAAGACACUCAAGGCAUUCAGUUCCUCCGCCUCAAUGGCAACCCCUGGUCCUGCGGUUGCGAGGCUCGUCCUCUCUGGGAGUGGUUCCGUAAGGCUCGUAUCGCCUCCUCCGAGUUGCUGUGCUUGUCGCCAUCCCAGCGUCGCGGGCAAGACCUCCGAUUCCUCCGGGAGAUGGACUUCGCCCUCUGCCCCAUGCCUGACCCUGGCUCUCUGGCUGGUACCACCACCACCUCCUUCAGCACCAAGACCCGCUGGUGGUUCUCCAAGCACAAGUCCGCCUCGAAGGCUUUGUACCAGAAGAACACAGAGACAGUGAAGGCGUUCCCAAAGUAUCUUCCCAAGACCAUCGUUGAAGCUUCAAAGUAUGAACUAUCCGAGGCGGAGGUGGCUCUCCCAAAGCUUGACACGGAAGAGUACUGGGCCAACUACGGCAACGAAGAUGCCUCCAUCCGCUGCUUUGAGCCGGACUGCGCCUCAGGCUAUGAAAAUCCAGCGUUUGCCUCCUCCUUCUCGUCCUUAGCUCCCAGUCCGGUCCUCCUCCACCCUCUCUUCUUCUCCAUUGUCACAUUCUUCCUCCAUUUCCUUUUUGGUUGAAACUGUCAUUUCUUUCACUUCCUUUUCUUCUCCGAUUUCCCCUCUUCUGCUCCUCUCAACUCAAAACAAAAACACGGGAUCUCAAUCCCUUCCAGUCACCCCCUGGAGCUGCAGGUCGGGGACAGAAGUCAGUCCAGGCAGUCAGGAUCUGUUUCAGACGCAGAGUCGCGGUGACGUAGAGGCUUAAAAUCAGCAACUUCUUCUUGUAAGCACAUCCUUUUAAAACAAAAAAGGACCUUUUGGAAGAAGGAAGUAAUGAAUGACACACAACACAGGAAGUUGGUGAGCUUGUAGUUCUAGCAGCAAACUAUGCAGAUGUUGUCUGCAGCAGGGGUGUCCAAAGUUGUUUACAUUUUAUUCAUAACAAUACAAUUUAACAAGAACACUGCCGUAAUUUCGGGGCUACAGAGUACACUUAGAUUUCGUACAAAUGUAUAAGCAGCAAGUGUACACACUGAAAUAUUUACACAGGUUCACAAAUGUAACAAAAUACGGCGCCCGUGAUGCGGCAUGCAGUAGCCUACCGGAAAAGUCGUUGAGCGUGGUCUUCAUCCUUCUCCUCGUCCUGCUUAGAACGCUAAAGUCGUGUUCUCAGGAGCGUGGCGAUCCGGCCUUCAGUGAUGGUGGAUUUUGGGGCCGUGUUUUGUUGCAUUUUGUUGUUGCUUCUCCGUGUUGAUGGUGAGUCCAUAACAUGCUAAAUGGCCGACCGAAGGAUUGUGCGAUUGCUUUCUAUUUAAUGCUAACAAUUUAAUCGGUGCACCGUUGAUCCGUUCGGUAAUUCCAUUGCUUUGAUGCGACAAGGCUUAAUUUAUUGGUGGCAUUUUAUUAUCAGACUGCGUGGUCGGUAGAAGUUGGGUUUCAGUAGGACUCUAAAACGCUAAAUACGUCUUCUUGGGAGCGUGGCAAUCCGGCCUUCCCCGUCAGUGAUGGUGGAUUUUGGGGUCGUGUUUUGUUGCAUUUUGUUGUUGCUUCUCCGUGAUGAUGGUGAGUCCACAACCUGCUAAAUGGCCGACCGAAGGAUUGUGCGAUUGCGUUCUAUUUAAUGCUAACAAUUUAAUCGGUGCACCGUUGAUCCGUUCGGUAAUUCCAUUGCUGUGAUGCGACAAGGCUUAAUUUAUUUGCGGCAUUUAACUAUCAGACUGCGUGGUUGGUAGAAGUUGGGUUUCAGUAGACCUUCAAAACGCUAAAUACGUCUUCUUGGGAGCGUGGCAAUCCGGCCUUCCCCGUCAGUGAUGGUGGAUUUUGGGGCCGUGUUUUGUUGCAUUUUGUUGUUGCUUCUCCGUGAUGAUGGUGAGUCCACAACCUGCUAAAUGGCCAACCGAACGAUUGUGCGAUUGCGUUCUAUUUAAUGCUAACAAUUUAAUCGGUGCACCGUUGAUCCGUUCGGUAAUUCCAUUGCUUUGAUGCGACAAGGCUUAAUUUAUUGGUGGCAUUUAACUAUCAGACUGCGUGGUCGGUAGCAGUUGGGUUUCAGUAAGCCUUUAAAACGCUAAAUACGUCUUCUUGGGAGCGUGGCAAUCCGGCAUUCCCCAUCAGUGAUGGUGGAUUUUGGGGCCGUGUUCUGUUGCAUUUUGUUGUUGCUUCUCCGUGAUGAUGGUGAGUCCACAACCUGCUAAAUGGCCAACCGAACGAUUGUGCGAUUGCGUUCUAUUUAAUGCUAACAAUUUAAUCGGUGCACCGUUGAUCCGUUCGGUAAUUCCAUUGCUUUGAUGCGACAAGGCUUAAUUUAUUGGCGGCAUUUAACUAUCAGACUGCGUGGUCGGUAGAAGUUGGGUUUCAGUAGGACUCUAAAACGCUAAAUACGUCUUCUUGGGAGCGUGGCAAUCCGGCCUUCCCCGUCAGUGAUGGUGGAUUUUGGGGCCUUGUUUUGUUGCAUUUUGUUGUUGCUUCUCCGUGAUGAUGGUGAGUCCACAACCUGCUGAAUGGCCGACCGAAGGAUUGUGCGAUUGCGUUCUAUUUAAUGCUAACAAUUUAAUCGGUGCACCGUUGAUCCGUUCGGUAAUUCCAUUGCUUUGAUGCGACAAGGCUUAAUUUAUUGGUGGCAUUUAACUAUCAGACUGCGUGGUCGGUAGAAGUUGGGUUUCAAUAGGCCUUUAAAACGCUAAAUACGUCUUCUUGGGAGCGUGGCAAUCCGGCCUUCCCCAUCAGUGAUGGUGGAUUUUGGGGCCGUGUUUUGUUGCAUUUUGUUGUUGCUUCUCCAUGAUGAUGGUGAGUCCACAACCUGCUAAAUGGCCGACCGAAGGAUUGUGCGAUUGCGUUCUAUUUAAUGCUAACAAUUUAAUCGGUGCACCGUUGAUCCGUUCGGUAAUUCCAUUGCUUUGAUGCGACAAGGCUUAAUUUAUUGGUGGCAUUUAACUAUCAGACUGCGUGGUCGGUAGAAGUUGGGUUUCAAUAGGCCUUUAAAACGCUAAAUACGUCUUCUUGGGAGCGUGGCAAUCCGGCCUUCCCCAUCAGUGAUGGUGGAUUUUGGGGCUGUGUUUUGUUGCAUUUUGUUGUUGCUUCUCCAUGAUGAUGGUGAGUCCACAACCUGCUAAAUGGCCGACCGAAGGAUUGUGCGAUUGCGUUCUAUUUAAUGCUAACAAUUUAAUCGGUGCACCGUUGAUCCGUUCGGUAAUUCCAUUGCUUUGAUGCGACAAGGCUUAAUUUAUUGGCGGCAUUUAACUAUCAGACUGCGUGGUCGGUAGAAGUUGGGUUUCAGUAGGCCUCUAAAACGCUAAAUACGUCUUCUUGGGAGCGUGGCAAUCCGGCCUUCCCCGUCAGUGAUGGUGGAUUUUGCGGUCGUGCUUUGUUGCAUUUUGUUGUUCCUUCUCCGUGAUGAUGGUGAGUCCACAACCUGCUAAAUGGCCGACCGAACGAUUGUGCGAUUGCGUUCUAUUUAAUGCUAACAAUUUAAUCGGUGCACCGUUGAUCCGUUCGGUAAUUCCAUUGCUUUGAUGCGACAAGGCUUAAUUUAUUGCCGGCAUUUAACUAUCAGACUGCGUGGUCGGUAGAAGUUGGGUUUCAGUAGGCCUUUAAAAUGCUAAAUACGUCUUCUUGGGAGCGUGGCAAUCCGGCCUUCCCCGUCAGUGAUGGUGGAUUUUGGGGCCGUGUUUUGUUGCAUUUUGUUGUUCCUUCUCCGUGAUGAUGGUGAGUCCACAACCUGCUAAAUGGCCGACCGAACAAUUGUGCGAUUGCGUUCUAUUUAAUGCUAACAAUUUAAUCGGUGCACCGUUGAUCCGUUCGGUAAUUCCAUUGCUGUGAUGCGACAAGGCUUAAUUUAUUGGCGGCAUUUAACUAUCAGACUGCGUGGUCGGUAGAAGUUGGGUUUCAGUAGGACUCUAAAACGCUAAAUACGUCUUCUUGGGAGCGUGGCAAUCCGGCCUUCCCCGUCAGUGAUGGUGGAUUUUGGGGCCGUGUUUUGUUGCAUUUUGUUGUUGCUUCUCCAUGAUGAUGGUGAGUCCAUAACAUGCUAAAUGGCCGACCGAACGAUUGUGCGAUUGCGUUCAAUUUGAUGCUAACAAUUUUAUCAAUCCGCCGUUGAUCCGUUCGGUAAUUCCAUUGCUUCGAUGCGACAAAGCCUAAUUUAUUGGCGGCAUUUAAAGCGUGUAAAAAUCCAUAAAUUAACUGCAGCAUUGUAUAAAUCACAGGGUUCAACGUGGAGGAAAAAAGCCGCUUGACCGCGAUAUAUGAAUGAUUGCAAAGUAGGAAUAAUUAAUUAUAAGUCGAAUAUUUUGAGAACCAGAGCAUGAAAAAUGUUUAACAGCCCUUUAAAUAGAGUUUUUAACAUUAUAUCUGAAUUGGUUGGUGCUGGAAUUGUUUAAAUCAGGCAAGAAAUGUUGAAGUAGAAACAGUUUUUAGCUGAAAUAGGCGCCAGCGCCCCCCGCGACCCCGAAAGGGAAUAAGCGGUAGAAAAUGGAUGGAUGGAUGGGUAUUAGGGAAUUUUGAGAAAACCGGGAAUUUUUUUCAAGUUCAAACAAGUUCCGUUUUUGUCCUGAUUAAGAGGAAUGAUUGGACGGUGGAACGGUUGACAGGGGUUGAAAAACGUGGAAGGAAUAUAAGGGUGGGAAAAAAACAGGAAUUAUAGGAAUUCCUGGAAUUUUUGGGAACUUGAAAAAAAAAUAGUUUGAAUGUCCAGUAUGAGUGGAAUGUGUCGAAUGUGGAAUAGUUUGAAUCGGUUGGAAAAUGUGGAAAUUGAGUUUGAAAUUCUUUUUUUAGUGGGGGAAAAAUGUCCCGAGAAAACCUGGAAUUCUGGGAAUGUUUUUAUUUAUUCAAGGGAAAGUCCACGAUUCCCGAAUAGGCUGAACAGUUUGAAGUUGGAACUGUUUCAAUCGGGUGAAAAAUGUGGAAGGUAGAGCACGACAAAAUCUGGAGGAGAAGAAGAAGAUGUGUAGAAAAAAUAUGUGUGAAUGUUUUGGAGCAUUCACACAAUAAAUUCAGAGGUGGAUCUUAGUACUUAGUUCAGGGGUGUCCAUUUGCGGCCCGCGGAUAGUUUUUUAACGGCUCUAAGCACAUUCUAAAAAUACGAUUAAAAGAAUAAAAAACUAAAAAAAUGUUAUAAAAGAGUAAACAGGUGAAAUGUGACAAGAAAAUGUUGCAAUGUUUACUCUAAUAACACAAAGCUGCCAUGCAGGCGUUUAUUUUCUUUAAAUAAUAAUAUCAAUGUCACAUUAAAUAUUCCACUUGGAGAUAUCUUUAGUGGAAAAUGUAGCAUAUUUUGUGUUUGCCAUAUAAAAAACAAAGUUUUUUUCUAAAGAAGGGCCUAAUAAGAACAAACAAAAAACAUUGCUAAAAAAAUAAUAACAAAUGGAAAUCAAUGGUGUUAUUUGUUGACAUUUUUAAGUCUCCAAUUAUUCUAUAAUCUCAAAUAUUCCACUUUAAAAGUCUAUUGGAGGAAUCUAUUGCAUAUUUUGUGUUUGCCAUAUAAAAAACAAAUGUGUUGUUUUUUUCUAAAGAAGGGCCUAAUAGGAACAAAUAAAAAACAUAAACAACAAUAAAAGUUAUAAUUGACAGAUGGAUCUGAAGUUGAUCUCAAGACGAUUGUGUUUAAAGUAAACAGAAAAAAAUGUAUUUUUAUUUUUAAUGAGUAGGACCCUUUUGAAUCCCCAAUCAUUUUAGUGCGAUUUUCUUUUUCUGUCAUUGCUAAAAAAAAUAAUAACAUAUUUGUUGACAUUUUAAGGCUCCAAUUAUUCUAUAAUCUCAAAUAUUCCACUUUAAAAUUCUACUGGGGGAAACUGUUGCAUAUUUUGUGUUUGCCAUAUAAAAAACAAUGUUGUUUUUUUUCUAAAGAAGGGCCUAAUAGGAACAAAUAAAAAACAUAAACAACAAUAAAAGUUAUAAUUGACAGAUGGAUCUGAAGUUGAUCUCAAGACGAUUGUGUUUAAAGUAAACAGUAAAAAAAAAGUUUUUUAUUUUUAAUGAGUAGGACCCUUUUGAAUCCCCAAUCAUUUUAGUGCGAUUUUUUUUUUCUGUCAUUGCUAAAAAAAAUAAUAACAUAUUGGUUGACAUUUUUAAGGCUCCAAUUAUUCUAUAAUCUCAAAUAUUCCACUUUAAAAUUCUACUUGGGGAAACUUGCAUAUUUUGUGUUUGCCAUAUAAAAAACAAAGUUGUUGUUUUUUUUUCUAAAGAAGGGCCUAAAAAGAACAAACAAAAAACAUAAACAACAAUAAAAGUUAUAAUUGACAGAUGGAUCUGAAGUUGAUCUCAAGACGAUUGUGUUUAAAGUAAACAGUAAAAAAAAAAAAAAAAAAAAAAAAAAAAAGGUUUUUAUUUUUAAUGAGUAGGACCCUUUUGAAUCCCCAAUCAUUUUAGUGCGAUUUUUUUUUUCUGUCAUUGCUAAAAAAAAUAAUAACAUAUUUGUUGACAUUUUUAAGGCUCCAAUUAAUCUAUAAUCUCAAAUAUUCCACUUUAAAAUUCUGCUGGGGGAAACUUGCAUAUUUUUUGUUUGCCAUAUAAAAAACUAAGUUGGUUUUUUUUCUAAAGAAGGGCCUAAUAAGAACAAACAAAAAACAUAAACAACAAUAAAAGUUAUAAUUGACAGAUAGAUCUGAAGUUGAUCUCAAGACGAUUGUGUUUAAAGUAAACAAUAAAAAAAAAUGACUAGGACCCUUUUGAAUCUCCAAUAAUUUUAAUGCGAUUUUUUUUCUUUUCUGUCAUUGCUAAAAAAAAAAAAAAAUAACACAUUGAAAUCAAUGUUGUUAUUUGUUGACAUUUUUAAGGCUCCAAUUAUUCUAUAAUCUCAAAUAUUCCACUUUAAAAUUCUAUUGGGGGAAACUAUUGCAUAUUUUGUUUGCCAUAUAAAAAACAAAGUGUUUUGUUUUUUUCUAAAGAAGGGCCUAAUAGGAACAAAUAAAAAACAUAAACAACAAUAAAAGUUAUAAUUGACAGAUGGAUCUGAAGUUGAUCUCAAGACGAUUGUGUUUAAAGUAAACAGUAAAAAAAAAAAAAGUUUUUUAUUUUUAAUGAGUAGGACCUUUUUGAAU